CUGAGCCCAGGAAGGUUGAAACUGCAGUGAGCUGUGAUUGUGCCACUGUAUUCCAGCCUGGGCAACAGAGUGAGACCCUGUCUCAAAAAAAAAAAAAAAAAAAAAAAAACAGAAAAGAAAAAAAGAAUAAUGUAAGACUUGACUAAAGGGACUGUUUCCAUAGGAAUGGGCAGGGUAUAGGGAGAUCACAAGGGUUAGUGCAGUUUCCUGAGACUGCUAACGUGGCCUGUUUCCCCUAGGACUAAAGAAGGUCCCUGGAGGGGAGGGAAUGGGAAGAUACAGGUUCUGUAAAUCUCAGUGAGGCUGAAGAGUGAGUUCCUCCCAAGAACCUGGAAAUAAGGGUGGCUCCUGAGAGUUACAAAAAACCCACCUAGAACACAUGUGGGAGUAAAUCCAAAAUGACUGGCCUGUAAAUGUGUGACUGAGUGUUUGGGAACCAACUAAAGGCUGUCAAGGGUGGUGGCUGAGGACGCCUCUGGGAGGUUGGGCUGGAGGGGGACCCUAUUGGGUGAACAGAAAUCCCAAUUGUAUUAAGUAAACUAAUAAAGGUAAAGCGUUUACUGUAGUGUCCAGCACUCAGCAAGCACUAAGGAAGUAGAUGCUUUUUUUUUUCUUUUUUUUUUGUAAGACAGGGUCUCGAUCUGUCCCCCAGGCUGGAGUAUAAUGACAUAUACAAUGGCACCAUCUUGGCUCACUGCAGCCUCUGACUCCUGGCCACCUCACCUGGCUGAUGCUAUUUUUUUUUUUUUUUUUUUUUUUGAGAUGGGAGUCUUGCUCUAUCGCCAGGCUAGAGUGCAGUGGCACAAUCUCGGCUCACUGCAACCUCUGCCUCCUGGGUUCAAUUAAUUCUUCUACCUCAGCCUCCCGAGUAGCUGGGAUUACAGGCAUGCGCCAUCACGCCCAGCUAAUUUUUUGUAUUUUUAGUAGAGAUGGGGUUUCGCCAUGUUGGCCAAGCUGGUCUCGAACUCCUGAGCUCAAGUGAUCCACCUGCCUUGGCCUCCCAAAGUGCUGGGAUUACAGGUGUGAGCCACCGCACCCGGCCCUGAUGCUAUUGUUAAACUCAGUUUGGAGAAAGGCUAUGUGGGCAGAAGAUAGAUCACAGGGAAGGGGGGUCCUAAAAGCACGUGGGGAAAACGUAUAUUCUGUCUUAGAGAUGCUAGGACGAACUGUCUUUAGAAUGAAGGCUGCCCCAUGACAGGAAACAAGGUUUUAAGGUUACUUAACUGAGAGACUCAUCAUACCUUUUCCCCUCUUGGGGGUUCCAGACUCACUGAGCUAACUUUCUGGUAACUGGGCUUCCCAAGGGGUAGCCCAAACUGCCUUGAUCUAUUGAUGCAGAAAUUCAGUUCUGCUUGACAGUUUUAUUUCUCUGUGCAAAUUAAUACCUAGCCUUCUGGGGUUUGUACAUAGGCCUUUACUCUGGUCAAAUGCCAGACCUGCAAAGGGAGUCGGAUCCACUCACUGAACCAGUGAAACUGGGUUUUGGAGCCAGAGGUCUGGGAACCAUGUCCCUCAAAACAGCCAAAGGUAUCCAUCUUUAGCAGAACUACCUUGUACCAGUUAAUCUGCAGUAAGUGAGUAGGGAGAGAAUGAAGGGAAGAUCUAGCUAGACAGGGUAGACAAGACUCUAGGAUAUAGCCAGGAAAGGGAGUCCUCCUGAAGCCUUUGCCUCAUCUUAGGCACCUCCUCCUUCAGGAAGCUUUCCUUGAUCCUUGCUCUACCUAGGCUGGGGUAGGUACCCUCAUGUGCACUUUUCAUGGCACUAACUAGUCACUCUGGGCAGGGAGCAUUUGUCUACUUGUCACAACACAUCUGAGCUUUUGGAAAAUAAGGAUAAUGUCUUAUUUGUCUUUGUAGCUCAAGGGCCUGGUGCAGAGUAGGUACUCAGUUAAAGUUUCUUGAGUGCAUGACUUGGCUGAAUGAAUGACUGAGACAGAAUGGAUUGAUUAAAGACAAGAGAGGGUGGACUGUAAGCCCCCCAGGAUAGGAACCCCGACUGCCUUGUGGUGUACUCCCCAGUGCCCAGCACAGUGCCUAGCAGUCAAUGCCCAAAGUGUUCCAAAUAUGCUGACCGAGGGUCAGAUCCCACUUGCCUCUUCUCGAAGAUUCUCUACCUGACCACUUCUCUCCUUGCUGCCGCUGGCUAGGACAGAACAUCCAGUCCCCGCUGCCGUACUAAGCAACACGGAACCGGGUGGCACCAAGACUUGUUCCCUGUCGCUGCAGAUGUAGGGUAGUGUCUUUCCCUCCUUCCCAGCUAGUCGCCCAGGGCAGGGUCGCCCUGUCUGGCUAGGGUGCUGCACCCGCAGCUCUCGGUAUCUUAGGUCAGACGCCCGGAACGCGCAGGCCGUUUCUGCUCCUCCGGAAAACAAUCUCCGAGCUGCGCCAAGACCCGUCCCUGCGGAGCAGGAGUGGGGAAUGGGAAGGUGGGAAGGCGAGUCCGCGACUCUGCUCCCCAACCCCAGCUGGCGCGGCUUUCCACGCAUCCCCCCUCCGAUCUCCCGAUGCUGGCUCUGGCGCGGUGCUCCUUGCAGCCCCACGCUUUGCAAACUUUCGGAGUUUUACUCCAUUUGCGUCACGGAAAAGGCAGGAGGAUGACGGAGUCCAGGAAGCUAGGCAGCGGCAGCUGGCAAGCUCCUCCGCCGGGCGCUCCAACCACGGGGGCGUGAGGUGUCUCCCGGCGAGGGCGGACAGGCGGAGGGAGAGGAGGGGAGGUGGCGGUCCCAGGGACCAGCCCUGGAGGCUCUCGAGCCCCCUCGUUCCCGGGUCGUUUCCUCCCUCUCGCCUCCCGGACUGAGCGCCAGCGAGCGAGGGCGCUGGCCCGCUGGGAAGCCGCGCGGAGGAGUAGGCGGGGGCUCGGCUGCAGCGCCCCGGGCCCGCGGGAGGGCGGAGCUGGCCGUCCCUGCCCCGCCGGGACGCACGGAAGUGCAGCGGAGUUUGCUCGAUUCUCCAGCCUGCUUCCCCCUCCCUCCUCCCUCUCCCCACCCCUCACCUCCCCUUUGGCGAUCCCCUCUUUCCUCAGGACGCCACCUCCCGGAAUCGCCUUUUUGUUUUGGAGCUGCCUUCUCGCUGGCGGAACGGAGGGUCUGCGAGCGCCGGAGAAGGCAGGUUGGGGGCGCAGACCGCCACCCACUGGCCGGGCCCCGCAGGGCGGAGAGGAGGACGGACGGACAGACGGCUGGCCGCGCCAUCUGCUCGCCGGAGCUCACUCUCCAAACUCCAAACUGUUGAGUGUGUGCGUGCACGCGAGGGUGGUGAUCGGGGGUCGUAAGUCCCGGGUGAGGAACCGGUUUCUGCUGGGGUUACCUUUGGACGGGGUUCCUGGGAUUCGGAGCAGGGUCAGCGUCAGGCUCAGAAACUGCUGAGGAAUUAGACAAACAAAAGAGACCACUCAGCGAGUAGACAGAAGUCACCCGACAGCCUCAUCGCGCCCCCUCCUUCCUCCGGGGUUGGGGCUGGCCACUUCUGGGGCGGGGAGAGGGCGCCCGAGCCGGCGGGGGCUCCGGCUGCGCAGCCGGGGUCGAAGAGUUGGCGGCCUGUUGUGUAAGCCUCAGUCCUUGUUUUCCCGGCCUGGCUCGUUGUGAAGCCGGACACAUCCACCCUUGGACUCGAUUCAGGCGGCUGCUGCUUUUCUCCUUGCCCCUCUUGGAUUUUCCGGAUUUUUGAAAACCCAGUGGACCAGGAGCAAGAGGAGGAAGGAGGAAGGGGCAGAUCUGCAGAGGAAUGUGAGAGCCUCCCAAAGCGACAGCCGCCAAAAGAAUCUGGGAGCCAGAGGGACAGCCGAGCCCUGCCCGGGUUUCUGGAAUGGUGGCUUCAGAGUGAGUCUCUUCUAUUUUAGAACGUUGUUCCAGUGGAAAGCGUCGAAUUUUUCCCCUCGCAGGGCAGAUUUCUCCAGGUCACUUGACUUUUCUUCUGGGAGUAGGCAUUAGGAGAGACUCCCCUCUAACCCCCCAGAGGCUGCUAAGGGAGGAGGAGACUGUGGACAUGAGCCCUCCCUGCUCACAAGCAUAUGCCCGGAGACCUGAUAGGGCAGUUUCUGGGCCAUGGACAUUGCUUUGAAGAGCGAGAGACUAGACAGCAUCUGUGGGUGCUGAGACCUCACCUUAGGACCUGAGAGUUUGAACUGUGUAAGCGCCAUUCAGCUGCGAGUGCAUUCUUGGACUCCCUUGUAGGCAUCCCUGGUCUGGGCAGGACCCUCUCCUUCCCAUCUUUCUAUACCACCCAGCCCAGCUAUGGCACUGAAAGGCCGAGCCCUGUAUGACUUUCACAGUGAGAACAAGGAGGAAAUCAGCAUCCAGCAGGAUGAGGACCUGGUCAUCUUUAGCGAGACCUCACUGGAUGGCUGGCUGCAGGGCCAGAACAGCCGUGGCGAGACAGGGCUCUUUCCUGCCUCUUAUGUGGAGAUCGUCCGUUCUGGCAUCAGCACCAACCAUGCUGACUACUCCAGCAGCCCUGCAGGCUCUCCAGGGGCCCAGGUGAGCUUGUACAACAGCCCCAGUGUGGCCAGCCCAGCCAGGAGUGGUGGGGGCAGUGGCUUCCUCUCAAAUCAGGGUAGCUUCGAGGAGGAUGAUGAUGAUGACUGGGAUGACUGGGAUGACGGAUGCACAGUGGUGGAGGAGCCACGGGCUGGUGGGCUGGGCACCAACGGGCACCCUCCCCUCAACCUCUCCUACCCUGGUGCCUACCCCAGCCAGCACAUGGCCUUCCGGCCCAAGCCACCACUGGAGCGGCAGGACAGCCUGGCAUCUGCCAAGCGAGGCAGUGUGGUGGGCCGUAACCUCAACCGUUUCUCAUGCUUUGUGCGUUCUGGAGUGGAGGCCUUCAUCCUGGGUGAUGUGCCCAUGAUGGCCAAGAUCGCUGAGACAUACUCCAUUGAAAUGGGCCCUCGUGGCCCCCAGUGGAAGGCCAACCCCCACCCAUUUGCUUGCUCUGUGGAGGACCCCACAAAACAGACCAAGUUCAAGGGCAUCAAAAGCUACAUCUCCUACAAGCUCACACCCACCCAUGCUGCCUCACCCGUCUACCGGCGCUACAAACACUUUGACUGGCUCUAUAACCGCCUGCUACACAAGUUCACUGUCAUCUCGGUGCCCCACCUGCCUGAGAAGCAGGCCACUGGCCGCUUCGAGGAGGACUUCAUUGAAAAGCGGAAGCGGAGACUCAUCCUCUGGAUGGACCACAUGACCAGCCACCCUGUGCUCUCCCAGUACGAAGGCUUCCAGCAUUUUCUCAGCUGCCUGGAUGACAAGCAGUGGAAGAUGGGCAAACGCCGGGCGGAGAAGGAUGAGAUGGUGGGUGCCAGCUUCCUGCUCACCUUCCAGAUCCCCACCGAGCACCAGGACCUGCAGGACGUGGAAGAUCGUGUGGACACUUUCAAGGCCUUCAGUAAGAAGAUGGACGACAGCGUCCUGCAGCUCAGCACUGUGGCGUCAGAGCUGAUGCUGGACACACUGUCUCUCUACCAAGGCCUGCUCUCCAACUUCCCUGACAUCAUCCACCUACAAAAAGGCGCCUUCGCCAAGGUGAAGGAGAGCCAACGCAUGAGUGACGAGGGCCGCAUGGCGCAGGACGAGGCAGAUGGCAUUCGCAGGCGCUGCCGCGUGGUGGGUUUCGCCCUGCAGGCCGAGAUGAACCACUUCCAUCAGCGCCGUGAGCUCGACUUCAAGCACAUGAUGCAGAACUACCUGCGCCAGCAGAUCCUCUUCUACCAGCGGGUGGGCCAGCAGCUGGAGAAGACCCUGCGCAUGUAUGACAACCUCUGACCGUGUGUGCCUGGGCCCCCUCCUUCCCCUGGGCCUGGUCACUGCAGUGUACCCCACUUUCCCGACCUCCCUAUACCAGCAGUGGCUGGGGGAGGGGUCAGCGGUGGCGGAGAUAAGUGGCCUGUCCUGCCUCCUGGGAGAAGGAGCUUUCAAGGAGUCAUGGGUACCCCUGGGAAAUUCCCCACUCCUUAGAAGUGGGGCACAGCAGGGGUGAGAAUGGAGUCAGGAGCCCUCGAGGCCAAGGCCUGGGCUGCCGGUUAGUCAGUGAAGGUCAGGCCAGGGUCUCAGCCUCCCCUAGAGCCUAUUUUGCUUGCUCACUUGGCCACUGCUGCCUUAUCCAUUCAGCAGACACCGAGGCCUGCUGCACCCCUGGGUCGGAUGCUGGGCACCCAGGGCUGUGACAUGCCUGCUCUUCAGGAGUCCUCAGUGAAGGUCGGGGUCAGACACAGACAGAGUCAAUGCAGUAUGACUGAUGGUUAAGUGAGGGAUUUCUGGAAGCUCACAGAAGGGACCAUAGCAUUCCAUUGGUCAGGGAAGACUCCAUAGAGUAGGCAACAUUCGGACAGUGUUUUGAAGAAUGACAAGGACCUGCCAGACAGUACCUGGGGGAGAAGGACUUUCAGGGGAGAGGAACAGCAUGGGCAAAGUUAGGGAGGCAUGCAAACAUCUCCCUCUUCUCUCCCUUACUUUCCAAGCAAGUUAGGUGCACUUUCCAUGGGGAUUCUGGCCUGUGUGGUAGGAAGGGAUCUCCCUUGCUCCCAUGUUGCUGGCUGUCCAUACAUCACCCUGUCCCCUGCAGGAGGGGGCUACAGGCCAUCUCCCUCCUGUAGGCCUCUGACUCCCCUCCACUUUUGGACCCUCAGCUUAUCUCGGGUAGGGGACCAUUGCAGCAUCUUCCCCUCCUCGGGCUCAAGGUGCUGAGGUAUAAGCCCUGGGCCCCAGAUCCCUGGUGACACCUUCCUGGAGAAGACUCUCAAAAGCAACUGUAUAUUUGAGUCCACCAGCAAUAACUCCGCACACUCAAAGCAGGUCCAAACCCAGGAUCCCAGGGUCCUUGGGCUCCGUGGCACUGUCUUCCCCAGAUCCUUCCUGUUGCACAAUGGGAAACCUAAGAGGAAAAAGACAGGGGCCUGCCUGCCCACCCAUGCAAGGGAUUCCAUGCCCACCCGCCCUCUGCCUGCCUCGCUGGAAUGUGGGCCCCUGCUCCCAGUCAGGUUGUGCUGUCUCUGACCUAUGUUUACAUCCCCGAGGGGUUUCUGCCUCCUCCCCACCCAGGUCAGGGUGUGGUCCAGCAGCUUGUUGUGGGGUGCUGACCUGUGUCACCACUGCCCUCCUUGCCCCCGGGGGGGGUCAUGGUCUCCUCCUGGAUGCUGCUGCUUGAAUCUUUUUUCUUGAUAAACCUUUUACAAUUAAGAUAACACAAGCAUGACUUUUUCUGUUUGGAUCCCAGAAAGGCGGAGGGCAGGAGAAGGAUAGAGCCCUAAUUGCUCCUGAGAGCCAUUGGAUGAGAUUCUGAGGUCAUGGUGGGCACAGAUUUACCACAGAACCUCAAAAGUUCGGGGAAGGGCUGUGCUGGUGGAAGGUGCCAGUAGGCAGGAGGAGCUAGAGGCGGCUGUGGACCCCUGGGUGGAUCCAUCCCUCCCUAGAACGCACUCUUGUCUCUAAAACAGGUGGAGUGCUGCCCAGGGGACUGGCUGUACUGCCUUGUGAUCUGGGGCUGAGGGUUGUGUGAGGAAGGGACAGGACGCUGUGCCCUAGGACAAUUUAAUAGAUGGUGGCUCCUCUCCCCAAGGGGCCAUGCCCUGGCUUUGUCCUUGAAAAGCCCUAGUCCAGGGGAGGGAAGUGGGGGACUCAGAAGCUGUGUCUCUUCCUCAAGCCGUCCUGGGUACCCAGCCCUGCAGAGGCUCCCACAUUGGAAACUGAAGAGGACGCUGGCUGUGCCCUUGGGGGUGCCCUGGUCAGGAUGAGCGGACCUUGCUCUUGGAUCUGUUCAUCCACAGAGGAGAGGAGGGUACUGGUUGAGACUUGGCUCUCCUUUGGAGGCAAUGGGGACUUGGUGGAGGGAGGGCUUCCAGGGUCAAGGCCGUCAGGGAAGGUUGGCUAGGCCAGGCACCAGGGAGCUUGUGCAGGAAGAUGGAGAAGGGCCAGCAGGUGCGGUGGGGGAAGGGUCGGGCAGGACUCCCUGUUCAGGGCAUAGCGUCCUCAGAGGAACUUCUGGAAUGGGUCCGCCUGGCCCUUGGUCAACAUUAGGUCAGAUUUGGGACUUUCUGAGGAAUUUUCCCCUCUCUCCACCCUGCCCCAUUUUCUAACCCAUCCGAGGAACAUCCUGCCCUUAACCUCUUCUCAGCUCUGCCCUCCAUGUAGCCAUCUGCAGAGGGGGCUCUGAGCAGUGGGGGCUGGGCCAGGCCGGGGCAGGGCUGGUGGGAACGCACCUCCUAACCCAUGGUGCCUGGAAAGUCCCCUGCUCAUGCUUCCUGCUCUGGGAACAGUGUUGUCCUCUGUGUGCCUUCCUUGAGAGGGGACCACCUCCUAGGCCUUCCAUCCUCAGGGUGAGGCCGUCAGUCUGAUACUUUUCUCAGGAGGGACUUGGAUCUAGGAGAAGCAUCAGGAAGUGGAGUCUUGGGAUAACGCCAGGCCUGCUCCUGGUAUCCUGAGGUCUCUGGGCUGGGGCAGGUGUGUGUGUGGUAGGGAGGGAGGCUGUCCUGGCCCUCCUCUCUCUUUUCUUUCUGCCUCUAUGGGGGUGGGGGUAUUGGGGGAACUUGGGGCUGUUCUGGGGUAGCUAAGCCCCUUUCAGCAGGAGCUUGGGGGACCAGUGUUGGGGGCAUCCUGGUGUUGGCAGAUUCCUGCCUGGUCACAUGCCAGGCAGAUGUUCCCGACUCGGCUGGACCCAGCUGCCUCGUUUCCUCCCUUGCUUUGCUCUGAGGGGGUGGAAAACAAGGCUUCUCUUUCUGCCCUGGGCAGCUACCAACACCCGGGGUAGGGGAUCUCCUGGUCACCAGUCUUGACCCAGUACAGGAAAAGGAAUCCGCUUUGUGGCCACAAAUGGGGGCUGGGGAUGGAGGCGGACCUCAGAUCCUGCACCUCGUCACCCGCUGGACACAGGAGGGCUAUGAACCACUGUGCCAUGGCUGCGCCACUGGCUGGAGCAGAGCCAGGCCUGGGAGAGGCAGGUGGCCCCAUCAGCCCCUGCUCUGCACCACCCCUCCCAGAUGACAGAGCCAUAUGUCUUCCACGUGUCUACACACUCACAGACUCACGGAUGUAAUCGCUCAGUCUCACAACAAGCACACAGUCACACACCUGCCCACAGGCACAUAGGCCACAUAAGCAUGCCUGUAUGCUCACACAGUCAUACUGCCACACGCUAUUACACAUUCACAGCCACAUCCACACAUGCCUUGCCAUCCAUUCAAAGCACCAGUGGCUACUUUGUCACACACAGCCACACCACAGUCCCAUGCACAUGGUCAUAGCCUCAGACAGUGACACACACUCAGGCACACACCGCCACAAAGCCAAGCUUGCACAGAGCAAAGGUGUCACAAGCAUCUCUGUGCCUGGACUGCACCUGCAUGACCUCCCAGGGUCCCCACCUCAUCAGAGAUUAAGGAGAACUUUGCUUGGAAACACCGCCCCUGGAGGGGGUGUCUCCAAGGAGGAGUAGAGCCAGUCACAAGCACCACGUGCAGGCACACAGCCUAAGAGGUCUAGGGAUGCAAUUGGGAUGACUGGAUACCACCAAGUUCAGCUCCUUAUUGAACAGAUGGGCACCUGAGGCCCAGGGAGCAGUGGUGGCUGGCCUUAUCACCCAGCAGGGCAGGGGAUACUCUGGGGCCAGAGCCUGGCUCUGGGCAGACUCUGUGUCCUGGCCCUGCCCUCCCCUGGGCCAAUCCUCUGGGCCAGGCUGCCUCUGAAGGCCCCUGGCUGAACCGAUCCAGCAGAGCUCCAGGCAGCUCCCAUCUCAAGCUAGAGCUGAGCUGCAGUGGCCACGGGAGCUGGAGCCAGGAUGCGGUGGGCAGGGCCUGGGCCUGGGCGGGAGGAACAUUCCUGCACCAUCUCCUCCCCAAGCAUGUGAGGACCCGGCCCGCCCUGCCCGCCUGCCCGCUGACUCAGGCCUCCAGGAGCCAAGCCUGCUCAGCUCCCCCACCCACCCCAACCUGCUUCCCCACUAGUUCGGCUCUGGUUCCCGUCUCCACUGGCUGGGGCAGGAGAAGACGGUGAGCCCUGGCAGGAAGACCGUGGGGAAAAAUCAAACCUCACCACCCCCAGACAUAUCUCAGAAGGGCUGAUUGUGAAACCCAGCUCUGUUCAACAUAGUUGAACACAAACUUUUUUUUCUUUUGGUUUUGUUUUGUUAGUCAAACCCCAGUGCAGUGCAGUCUGUUUAAGAAGUAGUGCUCACAUAGCUGUGGCCUGGGUCUGCUCAGCAGCCCUGGUAGGCAGCAUUUAUUCCCUUUCACAACGAAGAGACUGAGACUUGGCCAGAUGGAAGAUGGGACCUGCCUGGGUUCACACAGGGAAUUUCUGGCGGGGUUGGACUCGAACCCAGCUCCCUGCCAUCACUCCUUAGAGUCACACUGAUGAACUCAUUUAGGGCCAAAGGAAGAAGGGGAGGCAGAUUUCACCUCUAGAGGAGUGAAGGAAUAGGAGGCUGGUGUACCCAACGGCUGAAAUGUGAAGGGUGAGAGGGUAGGGUGAGUCCCACCAGCCCUGAGGGAUGAAGGGUCUGAAGAUGGCACUGCGCGGUGACAGCUGCAGUGACUCAGGAGCUCCGUUUACAAAGGAACAAGAGUGAGGAACAUAACUUAAUUUUUUUUUAUAUCUGACCUGAAUUUCUCUUUUCCUCCCCCAUUCCCCACAUGGUAGAAGUGUAAUCUCAAAUCAAUUUGGGGACCCCUUCUUUCCCCAGGGAUGUGUAGAACUUUUGGGGAUGGCACAUUUGAAGCCUUAGGGAGCUUUGCAUUUUAAAGGCUGAAUCCCACACUCUUAUCAUACAUAUUAAUAUUUACCUGCAUUCCACAUUAAAGGGUUCAGUUUAUGA